AUGUCUACUGAUGAAAUUUUAAGGCAGAAACUUAGAAGAAAGCCUAAAGUUGCUGUUAGAAUUUCUAGGAAUUCGUUGAGAACCAGUGUUGAUGGAAAUGGUUUUAACAAGGGUGAGGGUUUUGAUAGAGAAAAUGGGUAUAAGGGGAGUUUGAAGAAAAGGGUGAACUUUAAUGGAGUGCAAUCAGGUGAAGAAAGGAGUAGAGGGAAGUUUUAUGAGAGAGGAAAAAUUGAUGAUAGAGAAAAUGGGUUUAAUAGGAAGUUUAAGAAAAAUGUGAACUUUAGAGAAAUAGAAUCUGGUGAAGAAAGGGGUGGGGGGAGGUUUCAUGAUAGAGGAAAUUUGAGAACUAGAAAAGGUGAAAGUCGAUUUAGCAGUGAUGAGAGUUUUGAUAGGGAAAAUGGGUAUAAGGGGAGGAUGAAGAAAAAUGUGAACUUUAGAGGAAUGGAAUCAGGUGAAGAGAGGAGGGGUGAGAAGUUUUAUGAGAGAAGAAAGUUGAGAACUUCUAGGGACUCGUCGAGAACUAGAAAUGAUGAACACCGUUUUAACAACGAUGAGGGUUUCGAUAGGGAAAAUGGGUAUAAAGGGAAGUUGAAGAAAAGUUCGAACUUUAGAGAUGUGGAAUCAGGUGAAGAUAGGAGUGGUGAGAAGUUUUACGAGAAACGGAAGUUGAGUACUUUGGAUUCUUUUGGGAGGAAGAAGAGAGUGUAUGCUAAGGAAGGAAUGGAUGAAAGCGGCAAGAUAUGGAGUGGUGUAGAAAUAUCCAAGAAGAAAAUUUCAUUGAAGAAAGGAGAGAAGAAGGUGAGAGAUGAAACAUUGGAAGAGAAAAUUGUGGAAGAGAAAAUCGAUGAUGACCGUACAAUUUGGGAUUUAUCUAAAUUGAAGAAGGCAAAAUCCAAAGACAAAUUUUCUAAUCAAAGUUUGAAAGACAAUAAAGAAAUGAAUGGGACAGAUGAUUGUGGAAGAAAGUUGAAGAAGAAGAAUGUAGAAAAAAAAACUGAAUUUAGCUAUGGGAAAAUCAAAGAAACUGCAUUGCCUUCAAGUUCGGACAUGAAAGAACCAGGGUUGGAUGAUGAUGCCAAGAAACUUGAAGAUCGCCGAUACAAGAAAAAGAAAAGGCUGAUAAAGAUUGAUCCAUAUGAUAUUUCAAACAAGAGACUAGACGAUGCCAUUGGUGUUGAUGGAAAUAAAGAAGAGAAGAAAAAGGAUUCUGAGAAAGAGCGCGAAAUGUCACAGAACGCCCAAUUCCGCGCAAUACAGCCUAGCCCUUCAAUACUUACCUUCGUGGAAAAAAAUAUGUUGGGUAGGAGACGCAUGAUUGAUAUAAAAAGGGCAGGCUACAACAUAGAACUUCCUUCACCAUUAGAUAAUAUUCCCUUCUCUAAAAGUUCAGAAAGAGAGAAUAUUGAAGAAAAUGUUUUUAGGAACAGAUUGGAGUUUUUCGCUGCUGCAAAAGUUUCAUCGUCAUUUCCACCUCCUAAUCUUCCAGAGAUUGCAUUUGCAGGAAAGUCAAAUGUCGGUAAAUCGUCUCUUCUUAAUGCACUCACUAGACAAUGGGGGGUUGUACGGACAUCGAACAAGCCUGGCCAUACUCAGACAAUUAACUUCUUCAGCUUGGGAACAAAGCUUAGCUUAGUUGAUUUGCCGGGAUAUGGAUUUGCGUAUGCAAAAGAAGAAGUUAAAGAAGCUUGGGAGGACCUUGUAAAGGAGUAUGUUUCAACACGAGUUGGUCUCAAACAAGUGUGCCUUCUGAUUGAUACAAAAUGGGGCAUGAAACCAAGAGAUCAUGAACUGAUUGAAUUAAUGGAAAGAUCAAAAACUAAAUACCAGAUAGUAUUAACUAAGACAGACACAGUUUUUCCAAUCGAUGUUGCACGACGCGCCAUGCAAAUUGAAGAGAGUCUCUUGCCGAACAAGUCUGUAAUUCAACCUCUGAUGAUGGCCAGCUCGAAAUCUGGAGCAGGAAUCAGAAGCUUGAGAACCGUUCUUGCCAACGUAGCUCGAUUUGUCAAAAUAUAA